UUUAUGCUAUUAAAUAGCAUUUUUGUGCCUGGCAGCGCACAAAAUUUGCUGGAUCGCCUGAGACCCGUAACCGCGCCCGCGAAUCUGACGCGCAUCGAUGAUAUCAAAGUGGUGUCCGGCACUAAGGUGAAGCGCUACGAACGGAUGACCGUGCCGCUGGGUGGGAUUGGUCCGGUUAUUGGUGGCAUUGGCGCUGCCGCGCUGCUCAGCCCGCUGUUGCACCCGCAGCCGGCAUACCUGGGCUACGCCUAUGUACCGCAGUGGCAGGCGGGCGCCAAGCUCAUGGGCGAGGGCGAGUCGGCGUCUGCCGCCGGCAUGAUCAGCUUCCAGCAGCUGCCCUACAACAGUGACAUCAGGGUGACCAUCAAUGUGACUGGACUGCCGCCCGGAAAGCAUGCGCUGCACAUACACGCAUACGGCGAUGUCAGCGAGGGCUGCAAGUCAACUGGCGGACAGUUUCCCAACAACUUCCUGGGCAACCUGGAUGUCAAGCCAGACGGCAGCAUAUCGGCCGUAUUCAUGAGCAUUUACCUGCAGCUGUUUGGCUUCAAUGGCAUCGUCGGCCGCUCCGUGGUCAUACACAGUAAGCCAAUCGAUUUGAACACGGCGCUCAAUGCGGAGGUCUUCUCUUCCGCGCUGACCGUGCCCAAUGCCUUGGCCUAUCAGAACGAGGAAAUGUCGGUGGGUCCACCCAUCGCCUGUGGGGUCAUCAGUCUGAUGAGCACAUCCAACACAGCCUCGAGCGGAUCCCCCGCGCCAACCAGCCCGCCAGCGCCGCAAGGCGAUGCCUAAACUUUUGGAAAAUCAUUUGAGCAGCUAUUAAAUAAU